CUAGGUAGAAUUUGUCUAAAACAUGGUCCAUCUUUUUUAAAUUCUUUUUUUUUAACUUUUUUUUGGGGUGGGUAUGGAAAGGAAACUUGCUGUCCCACAACUGUGUAUCCUCCCUCACAUCAUGCACCUUUAGAGCUUAGUACAGAGUAUAACUUUAGUUUAGUAUUUUAGGGACGCUGCUAUAACGCGUCUAAUUCCUCUGUAAUCGCAGUUUGGUUUGCCUUGUAUAUUUUUUGGAACUAUUCGUAAGUGAAUUAAAAAAAAGCAUUAAAAGCCUAACCACAAAAAAAAUAUUAAAAUAAAACAUCAUAGUAGUAUAAAACUGUUGCACAUGUCGGUGAAAUUGAUAUUUGACACAGUCGCAUUAGUAUACAAAUUUUGCACGUAACGAAGUAGUUUGAUAUAAUCUCACAAUUCAGAAACUAAUCAAUCAUUCUACAUGCAAAAGCUAGACAUGGGUUUGAAAGAUAUCCAGCAGCUACAUUUUGUGAUGUUUCCAUUAAUGGCACCAGGCCACAUGAUCCCAAUGAUAGACAUGGCCAAGUUGAUAGCAAAGCAUGGUAUUUUAAUUACCAUAGUCACUACUCCAGUAAAUGCCACCCGCUUCAAAUCAAGCAUAGAUCGCGCUGCUAAAGGUGGUCUUAAUAUUCGAGUAUCUCAACUCGAAUUCCCUUGGCAAGAAGCUGGAUUACCAGAAGGGUGUGAAAAUGUAGACAUGCUUCCUUCAUUAAGCUAUGCAAUAAACUUCAUUCAAGCUGCUGCCAACUUAGAAGAACCAAUGGAGAAGUUGCUUCAUGAGUUGCAACCCAAACCAAGUUGUCUGAUUUCUGACUUUGGGUUCACUUGGACCACUGAAGUUGCUAGAAGAUUCAACAUCCCAAGGAUAGUAUUCCAUGGAAUGUCCUGCUGCUCUCUCCUAAGCUUGCACAAUAUGAUCACCUACAACGUGAUUGGAAACUUAAACUCGGACACUGAAUCCUUUCUGGUGCCUGGUUUACCUGAUAAUAUCGAGCUCACCAAAACUCAGGUGCCAAAUGCAGUACACCAAGCGGCAGAUCCUUUGAGGGUGGAAAUGAGAGAAGCAGAGAGAAAAGCGUUUGGGGUUGUAGUAAAUUCUUUUGAGGAGCUAGAACCAGAGUACUUUAAGAGGUGUAAGGAGGCAAAGGGGAAGACAAAUAUAUGGUGUGUUGGGCCCGUUUCGCUCUGCAAUCAGGAUGAGUUGGAUAAAGGGGAAAGAGGUAACAAAGCUGCACUUGCUGUUGACCAAUGCAUGAAAUGGCUGGAUUUACAUAAGCCUAAGUCAGUGAUGUAUGCUUGUCUUGGAAGCCUCUGUAACGUUGUUGCAUCACAAGUUAUGCAGCUUGCUUUUGGGUUAGAAGCAUCCAACAAGCCAUUCAUCUUCGCUCUGAGAGAAGGCUAUAGUCUAAAAGAAGUGGAGAGGCUGAUCGAAGAAGAUGGUUUCAAGAAAAGGGUUGAAGGAAGAGGGUUAGUUAUACUAGGUUGGGCACCACAAGUGCUUAUACUGACUCAUCCUUCUGUGGGUGGAUUCUUGACGCAUUGUGGUUGGAAUUCUACUAUUGAAGGCAUCUCUACUGGUUUGCCUAUGGCUACAUGUCCGCUGUUCUCCGAGCAAUUUCUGAAUGAGAAAUUUGUGGUCCAAGUUUUGAGGGUUGGUGUCAGUGUCAGAGUGGAAAUACCAACGAUGAACCCAGGUGAAGAGGUAAGAGGAAUCUCUGUAGAAAAAGAGCAUGUCAAGCACGCUGUUGAUUUGGUGAUGGAUGGUGGAAAGGAAGGUGAAGAGAUGAGAGAGAGAGCUUCGAGGCUUGCAAAAGGUGCUAAGAGAGCAGUGCAAGAGAGCGGAUUUUCAGACACAGGAUUGAAGUUAAUGAUCCAACAAGUCAUCCAACAGAUAGAGAAAGGAAAACAAGAAGUUGACAAAGAGUGAUUUAACAGGGAAUCACAGCUUCUGGUAGCUAAGUUUUCAUAUCGUGGUUGGUUAAUACUUCAUAGUAUCACCUGCUUUUUUCUUGUUGAUAUGCCUCUAUUCAGUUAAUCUACAAACAUAAACAAGCCUAUCUAUCCUAUAUGUCCAUAACUAAGCAUUCCAUAUUGUCAAUAACUCAAACUGUAAGUACAGUAAUCAUGGAAGGAAAAAUUGUUAUCUAA